AUGUCCCUCGGAAAACAGCCGACUGACCAUAUAAAGAGGCCGAUGAACGCGUUUAUGGUGUGGUCGAGAGGGCAGAGGAGGAAAAUGGCCCAGGACAACCCCAAGAUGCACAACUCGGAGAUCUCCAAGAGGCUGGGGGCAGAGUGGAAGCUGCUCACUGAGAUGGAGAAGAGGCCCUUCAUAGACGAGGCUAAGAGACUGAGAGCGCUACACAUGAAGGAGCAUCCGGACUACAAAUACAGGCCGCGGAGGAAACCUAAGGCGCUCGUGAAGAAGGAACCGAAGUUUGGCUUCAACAUCAGCGGGCUCAUGGCUCCGACCCCUCGCCUGGUCGCUCCUCUGCCGCAGACGGUCCACCAGAUGCCAAUGCCGCAUCCACUACUCCACGACAAAUCCGACCUGAGCAGAGCCCUGUUCCCGCCGAUACCGUAUCCAUUUUACCCCUUUGCUAAGAUACCGUCCGACGAUGGGAAGUUUGCGGCCGAAUUAGCACAUUUACAGGCGCUAUACGGCGGUGCGCUAUACAGCAGCGCGCUGUAUAACAGCACGCUGUCUCCGUGCGGCUGUCCCCCGCGUCGGUCGCCCUCCCCGCCCGACGUGAAGCGGCCCCUGGCGUACGUGCUCACGAAGACCGACGAGCCGCCCCAGCACGUCAUAUGAAGGCC